AUGCAGUCAUCUUUACAGAACAGAAGUAUCCCCCCUCCCAAUUCGCCUCUACCUAAAGAGUCGCUAGACGUGCUACAGCUCCGCAAAGACGUGUUUCUCAGGGAACUCUGCUUGGCCCAAAACUUCUUCUCUGGUCUCUUUUUCUCGCACCCGCGGUUCCUGAGGGAGUUGCUUGGUAACCCGAAAGUCAAGGCAGGAGACAUAAAUGGAGCAGUGCUGACUUGCACAGACGGCAAAGGCUACUUGACUGUGCUGGGGGAAAAGGGUCUCAGGACGUCCUACGAGGCGGAGAGGAAAUCCUCUUCUUCCUCCGAAGCAUCCGACAUUGAGGCGUAA